AUGAAAAAAAUCACAUUAGAUCAGUUAGUCAUAACAAUUCAAAAAUUAAACAAGUGCGACAAUGUCUUAAACAUUGAUGUCACAAAUUCACAGCCCGACUUCAUAACGAUAAAGUGCUUAUCACACUCUGCAAUGAACUCGUCAUAUAAUGGUCGAGAAGUGAGAAUUCCAAACGACUCGCCAUACCCCUUAGAACCUUCUCGGACAUACUAUUAUUACUUUUUUGUGUCUGUUACCAAUUUUUGUAAUAUGCAAAUCCAAUUGAAUAUUUCGUCUGCGUCGGGGAGACUCUUAAAGACGUUUUUGACUAUUGAUCAGAACAUUGCAAAUGAUUUAAUCAAAAAUUUGGGAACUCCAAAAGCACUUUAUUUCCCUAUUCAAAGUCAAGGGUAUUUUUCACAUCCCGUUUGUAUGAACUCUUCAGUGUACAAAGUUCUCCACUUCGAAGUUAAUUUUAAUGGAAAUUAUUCGUUACUAUUCGACGCAAGAAAAAUGAAUCGAGUUCAGUAUCUUCAAGAAAUUGUAAUAAGAAAAAACGCUGAUGGUGAAGAUGAACCUCGUUGUGUUGAUAUGUGGACGGGUGAAAGAAUUGGUGUGCUUGCAAGUUCUGAAAAGGAAGGUGUUGUUGUAAAAAUAGAUGGUAAGAACGAGAGCAGAAUUUUCAGUAUAUUCACACAAGACCAAGACUAUGAUGUCGAAAUCGAUCUCUAUGCUAUUUGCCCAGAUAAUUGUGGAUUUGAAGAACAUCGAGGAAGGUGUUUAAUAUCACAGAAAAAAUGUGUGUGUUCACCUGGAUAUGGGGGAGAUGACUGUCACUUGGUGUGUUAUUACAAUCGAAUUUGGCAAGUCAACAACACUGAUUUGUGUUAUUACAAUGCGCCAGGGUGUGAUCAAUACUGUCGUUGUGAAUCAAACUUGAUAUUAAAAAAUCACUUUUGUAUCACACCAGAGUGUUUAUCUGGCGGUACAGCACCAUCAGAUGAAUGUAUAGCAUUUACAGAAGCUUGUCUUGAAAAUUGUCAAUGUUUAGUACGUGGUGGAUUUGUGGGAACUUCCGAGAAGCUGUGUCGUGCAAAGUUGUGUGGAAAUGGGAGAAUAGACAAAUUGUAUGAUUCAAGUGAUAGGUAUAUCAGAACAGAAGAAUGUGACAAUGGAACCAACUGUAAUCAAUACUGUCGCUGUGACAAAGGGUUUUAUACAAACCCUGCAGAUCCCCUGUCUUGCGUGAAAAAACAAAUUUCUCUGGGUGAACUGAUUGGUAUAGUAACGGGAAGUGUAAUGAUGUUUGUGGUCAUUGUGAUAAUAAUUUCAACGACAAUUUUCUAUGUUUCAAGUCACAAAAAAAUUGAUAUCAACACAUUCAAAUUACAACAACCGAUGUAUCAUUUCUACAUUUCAGGCUCUUUAAAACGUGUGCCUUCAAAGAAGUCAAAGUAUUGGAUGGAAUCCUUAGAUUUAGAUUUCGGUACUGAUAACAAUGUAUGUGAAAUUGGAGAGACGCGGUAUCAAGAAAUUCGAGCUAAAAAUUAUAGUAAAAAACACAUGAUGAUCAUUUUUCACACGCCCAACACAAAGAAAUUUGUUUUUCACUUUGAACCGCAGGUGCUACACUUCUCUCCAUAUACAAAAUCCAAAACAACGACAGUGUAUAUGACUCUCUUUUGUACAACUCAGAUACGUGAUAUGAAUAUUCCAUAUACAAUUUGGGUAUCUGACUCGAAGAGUGUUUUGUGUGAAAUCAAAGAACUUUUGAAGAACAAAAGCUUUGAAACGUGGUCUGACGAUGAUGAGAAAAAGAUGUUACUUUUAAAACGUAAAGUUAAGAGUCAUUUGCACUACAAUUUGACUAUAAAAACAGACGCGAUUUCUUCGACUCAACUUGAUUUGGAUGAGUUGGACAUGUCUGAAAAACCGAUAGCAAGAGGUCCCACAAGCGAUGUUUAUAUCGGCGUUUACAGAAGUGUUCCUGUUGCUAUAAAACAAUUUCGUUGGGACGAUUUAACCGAUGAAGAAAUUGAAUCUCUUAAAACGCUUAUUAUUAAUGAAUGCAAAACGAUGAGUAAAUUGAGAAACCCGUUUAUAGCGAAUUACAUGGGAUCUGUUACAUACGUACCACAGGUAUUGAAGGUCAUCCAAUUCUUUGUUUUAGGUUCUUUAACAGAUUACCUCCGAAAGGAAAACGAGUUUUAUAUUCGAUUUCCAUAUAAACUAAAAAUUGCGAUGUUGUAUGACAUUUCUCGAGGAAUGCAAUUUCUUCAUGAGAACCUUAUUAUGCACUUGGACUUAAAACCAAACAAUUUGUUAGUAAAUUCACUGGACUUUAAUAGCGCCUGUUCGAUUAAAAUUGUGGAUUUUGGGACGUCUUUGUUCACCAAAAAAUUGUUAAAAACCGGAAAAAAUAAAGAGUUAUACUCCCCAAUAUAUGAGGCGCCUGAAACAUUUAACGAUAUAUACACUUUUGCUUCUGAUGUGUUUUCUUUUGGAAUAACCGCGUGGGAAAUUUUUUAUCAGGAACAACCAUAUAAAGAGUUUAAAAACAUUUUGGAUAUCGUUAAACAAGUACAAAUGGGAAAGAGACUUGAAAUUGAUGGAAAUAUGCCAAAAUUGUAUCGAAAAGUGGUGAAUGACUGUUGGCAAAAUGACCCAUUUAAUAGACCAAACUUCGAAUGUAUAACAAAAAUGAUAGUCGCUAUGAACGAAGACACAAAUAACUACUGUGAGUUGGAUAAUUGCAAAUUCGACAAGAAAACGGAGGAGUUGAUUAUUACAAGAACCGAAAGAAUGAAACGUAUGCUCCACCUGGAAGACAAAGAGUGA